GAAUUCAGUACGCUGUCUUCACAACUCGGAGACAAAUUGUAGCUAGGCGCUACGAACCGGGGCAAGGGUUGUUUUUUUGGGAUCCCGCUUACUGGGCUGUGUUUCGUCGACAUCCUCUCCUCUGCAUCAGUCCUGGAUCAAUGGUGUCUCUCAGCAGCAGAACGCUGAGUUUGGAGAAUGAUGUGUUCAGGGACAGCAGCAGCAGCAGCCUGUUCUCCCUCGGCCUGGGGGACGGAGCCGGCAGUCCGGCCUCCUGCGACAGCCCCGAUGCCGGGGAGCUGCGGGCUAUGCACAGCUCCAGCCUCGGAGAGGAGGAAGAUGAGGAGGAUGACGAAGACGAAGACGAGAGGGGCAGUCUGCAUAUCUUUCUUGGAGCAGAGGGAGAAGAGGAACCUGCGAGUCAGGAGCCCAAGUUGCCAGACUUCCCUUUCCAUCCCUCUUCUCCGUUCUCGCCAACCCUGGAGGACAUAGAGGAGUUCCUGAGGGAAAAGAUGGAACUGGUCAAAGAGGGGCUGCUGGCCCCGAAAGAAGAGGCCUUCCCUCUACCCUGCAGCGACUCUCCAUCCUCCACUGCACCCCUGGCUGCUUCCUCAGAGACUUGCAGCGACCAAGGGAUUAGUGCCUCGCGUUGCCCUUUAAGCCCAAACACCCCUAAGAACGAGCAAAACAGCCCCGGCCCAGCUGACCGAUCCCCUUCUGCUCACGUUAACCCCUCACCUUCCAGCUUGACCCCGCCGGUGCUGCUGCGCCCUCCGCUGGUUCUCCAGCUCCAGCCCGUGCCUCUGGCCCAGCCUCCGACUCCAGCGGGCUCUCCUCCAGGCACCCAAAGUGGCAUUUGGCUCACUCAUGUGGUCAUGGGGCUCCAGGGUGCAACAGGACAGAAUCUCACUCUGCUGGCCCCGCAGGUGCCCUCCACCGCUACCACCUUGUUAUCGCUAAACAGCGGAGAUACCAAGUCAGCUGACCAGAAGUAUGUGAAGAUCGCCCCUCUGCCCAUCACUAUGAGGACUCUAGAAAUCACGGGCGUGUCUGGGCUCGGAGGCCCGGGCAGUGGCCUCUUGAAGGCCAUGGCCCCCAGGGUGACCAGGCUGCUGCCCACAGAGAGGGUCCAUAAGUGCUCCCACCCAGGCUGCGGGAAGAUGUACACCAAAAGCAGCCAUCUGAAAGCUCACUUCCGCCGGCAUACUGGAGAGAAACCCUACACAUGUAGCUGGCCUGACUGUGGCUGGAGGUUCUCCCGAUCCGACGAACUGUCCCGUCACCGCCGCUCGCACUCCGGCAUCAAGCCCUACGAGUGCUCGCUGUGCGAGAAGAAGUUCGCCCGCAGCGAUCACUUAUCCAAACACACGAAGGUCCACCGCAGCUCCAGGCCCAGCAGGAUCAUCAAAGCCACUGUGUGACACCUUCAGCUGGCCUAAACCACGCCCUGCCCCAGUCUGGCCUGGCCUGGCCUGGCCUGGCCUGGCCUGGCCUGGCCUGGCCUGGCCUGGCUUUGGGGUCUCCCUCAGGACUUUUGGUGCUUCACAAGCAGAACUUUCAGAAGAAUCGAGAGUGCUGGCUGCUGUUUUUCCCCCCCUCCCUAUUUUCCUUCCUUUCUCUCCUCUUGUGCUGUUGUCUCUCCACGUUCCUUCCGUUGUCGUACCGAGCAGCCACCUCAGGGAAGUCGUACAGAGGCCCCUCUCGCAGCCACCGCUGGCGCUGCUGUGCCCGAGCCACCAAGGUGCUGUUGGAAGCAGGGUGGUAAACCAGCAAUAGGAGUGUCUGUGAUUCUGUGAUCCCCUUCCUACUUUUGUGAUUGCUCUUCUUCUUAUUUCAAAGCCAAACUUCAGGGUCCACAGUGGAUAGAGCUUCCCGUUUUUUGUACGUUGUUAAAGUGAAAAUUUAACGUCGCGUUUAUUUCACGUGUUCUUAUCGUAUGGACGUGGACGUUCGCGUGGCGUGGCAGCCGUCCCUGUAUAGUGAAAUUAUGACUAAAGCAGAAGGAGCUCCUCUAAAUACUUUUAAGAGUUACAGUUCGCUCUGAAUUUAGGGUGCUCCGAUCGACCGACCUCCGAUCCUUAUCGGCCGAUGUUUGUUCUGGAUAGUUUGAUCGGUGGUCUCUAUAAAGGCUGAUCGGAAGAGCCAAUCAGAUGACGCAAAACAGGCGAGACACAAUAUUAACGGUGGUUAGGACAGACCACCAUAGAGAUUCGGCAUGUCGCCUGGUUCUCUGCAAUAAUACACGGUGAAAAUGAUCUGUUAAUUGUCAUAUUGACAAUCAUAUCAGCAGCAUUACACCUUCACUACCGUUCCAAUGUCUAUAUCUGUGAAAUAUGUCACAGACAAAAUAUAAAUACUUUUAACUCUUAUUUUUAAUUCCAAUUAAAAGCCCUCUAGCGUUUCUGUGGACAGAAUCCCCUUCAUUGGUUAACACAAGGCUUUUAUUGGGAAAUAUUUGCAGGACCUUGUUGUGGGAAGUGCACACGCUUCCUAACCUUUUUCUGUCUAAAAUAAAUAUAAAAUAUAUAAAUUACAUUAAUAGUGAAAUGAAAUGAAACAUUCUGUUAUUGAUGGCCAUAAUCAAAGGCAAACGUAAUGUAGAAAGCGAGGCCUGGCAGUCUGUGUGGACAGCGCAGUACCAGACUGAUGUCAUGAAAAUGAAUUGGUACGCCAUCAUUGGCGCGUUAUCAAGACGCCUAAUCGCUUUUUAGCGUGUUUAUCCACGCCGUUUGGCCUCCAUUGACUUACAUUACCUUGCGAUUGCGUGUGAAUUGAACCCUUGCAUUCUUCUUGCGAUAACACACCAAGUGGCAUGUAUGUUUACCUCCGCUGUAUACAGCGUAGACGUACACGCAGAUAGCUCAAAAUGUGUCCAGAUAACACGCCACUCGGCUUAAGAAAGUGGGCGUGUAUGUUUAUGCGAAGUCAUGAUGUCAUGUCGGCGGUACGGCGAGGUAGCUGCACAGGGAGGGGUAGGCCAUGUGACCGUAAGAGUGGAAUAUAAGUUGCACAUAUUGCGUGUCAAUAUAUAAACAGUUGUCAAUUCAUGACACUUUCUCAACUCUUAAUUUUAAUACUUAAUAUACAGUACAGGCCAAAAGUUUGGACACACUUUCUCAUUCGAUUUGUUUUCUUUAUUUUCAUGACUAUUUACAUUGUAGAUUCUC